AUGGUAUUAACAUACAAAUUCAUAAAGCACGGCGAGAUACGUAAGAGAGUCAGCGACGACAGAUUCGAUUACCAGCAGCUGAAAUCUGUAGCCUCUUAUCUACACUCUGUCCCAGUCUCUGAUAUUAUCCAUUUCCAGUAUAUUGAUAGCGAUGGCGAUAACAUCACACUCACAACAGACGACGAACUUGCAUGUGCAUAUGACGAAUUCGGUGAUGUUUUCACUUUCACCGUCGUAACUGCCACUCCACCAACUUCUGCGUCUAUCAAUUCACCAGUAUAUAGUAACCAUGUAUCUUUUGCCGAACCGCCAAGCACACCGGCACAAUCAGAAGCUUUGCCAGCGUUGGAGGAUAUAAUAUAUUCACCACUCGCGAAUACACGCCAGUCUCUUGACGAUCUGGUCAGAUAUCUUGAUAACUUAUCGCAAAAUGCCGUCUCACAACCGGAAAAGGAGACGUACGAACAUUGCAAGGAACUUGCUGAUAGAUUACGAGCAUUGACGCAGAAUCCGCAUAUCAGCCGUGUUCAUCAACUCACACACGCCAGCAUCGAUACACUCAACAUGACAUUCAACUCGCUUAUAAGAUGCGCGAAAGAGGUACGGGAUGUACUCACUGAUGGCGAAACUGGUGGUAUUCUACCACGCACAUCAUCGCGUGGAACACCACCCCUUGAGGCAUCCACCUACCCGGCUAGAAUCGAUAGCGCUGAGCUACUCCUGCCGGUUCAAGGACCACCAGGACGCUAAUCAUUUUUAAG